AUGCAUGUCAAAAGAAAAAACGAAGCUCAAGAUAUCCUCAGCGCCAUACCCGGCGACGAUCAACGUUCCCGGUGCCACAAACGCCGGAGAUGUAUCUGUUUAUCAGUAACUAUCUGUGUGUUUGCUGUUGGUCUCCUCAUUCUGAUUCUAGCUCUCACCGUCUUCAAAUCCAAAAAGCCUGUCACCACCGUUGACUCCGUCGUCCUCAAAGAUGUAAACGCUUCUGUCAACCUCAUCCCGCCGAUGGUUUCUGUGAACGUCUCCCUUGACAUAUCUAUCUCCGUCAAGAAUCCUAACAAAGUCGGCAUCAAGUACAGGAACAGCUCCACCGCUGUCCGGUACAAAGGCAAAGACAUCGGCGACGUUCCUAUCCCUGCCGGAAUGAUUGGUGGCGGCGAUACCAAACAGUUGAAUCUGACGGUGACUGUUUUUGUGGAUCGAUUGGCGACGGAUUUGGACAUCUAUGGUGAUGUUAUCAAUGGGAACUUGCCUUUGUCAACUUAUACUAGAAUCUCUGGUAAAGUUCGUGUACUGAAUUUGUUCAACAUUCAUGUUGUCUCUACUUCGACCUGCAAUUUGAAAAUCGAUAUAUUGAAUAGAAGAAUUGCAGAUCAAAACUGCCAUUACAAGAACCGGUUAUAG